AUGUCAGCUGUAUCCAAGAAACCCCCUUCCGGCGGUGUGGGCCGAGUAUCUGCUUCAGAAGGAGUCGCGGCAUCAGAAGCACCCUCCCCAUCACGAAACACCACCUCGAGACCUUCGACAACAACUGGGCACGUCCGCACAAGAUCAGUUCGCAGUGGUACCCCCGUUUCUGCUCGCGCCGCUGCAGUCCGAAGAGACUCUUCCGAUUCUCGGGCUGAGACUGCCUCCAUUGUUGAGGAUCUCCAGCAGCGUCUGGAAAAGGAGGAAAAGCUGUCAGAACAACACAAGAAACAGUCUGAAGUGCUCCAAUCAAAGCUUGACGAGGCGCUGAAGGACGCCAGCAAGUGGGAGGAGAAGCUCCACGAGAGUGACGAGCAACUUGAGAGUCUUCGUAACGAGAAGAGAGAGGCUACACGUCAAAUCCGCGAAAUGGAAACCAUCUACGAAGCCGAGCGAAGCGCCAUCUUGAAGGAAAAGGAAGAGUUGGCAAAUAGAGAAGAAGAAAUGCAGACCGUCAUCCAACGGUUGAAGGACAGCCUGGCACAAAGAAAUAACUCUGAUGAGGAUAACAGGCCAUCAAGACAAGGCAACUCAUCACCGUCCCUUGACGGCGGCAGCUUUGCGCCACCCUCUUCAGUGCAACGCAGCGACUCGCGAAACAACUCAAAACUCAUACUUCAAAAGGACAAGUUGAUUGAAUCCUUGCGAUUGGAGCUCGCUGAGGCUCAGAUUAAACUGGUCGAGUCAGAGAACCAAGGCGGUGGCAGAUUACAAGAGGUUGAGCGUCUCCUCAUGGAAGCUCGCAUGGCCAACGCACGUCUCAUGGAAGACAACGAGAGCUACCAAUUACUGCUUCAGGAAAAGACGCUUAAGGGCGACUUUGGUCAAAGUGACUUUAGCUACAUGAGCGGUGGUGCCAACCAAGACGCGCUCAAUGCUUUGGAAGGCAAGACUGGCGGCUCGAGCUUGGCCGACGAGCUAUCCGAUGCCACCGAAGCCGAAAGCGAGGCUUACCGUCGACUGGAGGCUGAGCUGAAGUCCAUGAAGGAGCAGAACAAGGCUCUCACGCUGUAUAUUAACAAGAUCAUCGAGCGCCUACUGCAACACCAAGACUUCGAGUCCAUCCUAGACCAGUCUGGAGAGGUCAAGACUGGUCCGAUAGACACAAACAAGGACUUGCCUGCACCACCAGGCGCUGACAAGCAGGCAAACGGUGCGGCCGCGCUGCUCCAGCGAGCCAAGUCCAUUGCAGUCGGAACUGGGAAGCCAAAGCCGAGGCCGCUGUCAUUUAUGCCAUCUGCUGCCAACUCAGCUCAUACUGAUCCGGAGACGGCUCCCAGCAUUCCUAUUGGGAAUCUCGGAAGAUCUUCCAGCACGAGACGAUCGCGUCCGCAGAGCGAUCAGUUCACUGGAGCUGCAAGUCUCGUCAGCCAGAUGUAUAAAGGACCAGACGGCCCAGCGUCGCCACCUCUGGGUAACCCACGACAUUCGCAUACUUUCUUUGCCGCUCCAAAUAUCACGGGCAACCCGAAUGCCACGGCCCGCUACCCCAGCGGGAGUCAAGCAUCGUCUGGAAACUUCCCGGGCAUGAGGAGCGAGACGUCAAGCAUCAGCGGCGAUUCUGGUGAUUUGUCUACUUCAACGCCCCCAUCGCAGUCACCACCUCGAUCACACAGUGACAAGCAGACAACUUUCGCAGGCGGAAAGCCCCGUCCCUUGAGACUGGUCCAGGAGAAUCAAGAUGUUGUCAAGGACAACAAGCGAGCAAGCUGGUACACAGGCUGGAGCUGGGGCGGUAAGAAAGACGAAGCCCAACCUGGGCCAGCCAUUCCCGAAUAA